AUGGUUUCUAUUAAUUCGUUAUUGUUGGUUGCUGGUUUAUCUGGCAACGUGUUUGGUGCUGCAGCUGUCGCUAGAGAUGCUAAGGCUUCGUCUAGUGAUAAGAUUGAGCAACUGAAUGCUACUAAUUUCGACCAAAUUGUGGGAUCUAAGAGAUUUUUCGUUGCUGAGUUUUAUGCUCCAUGGUGUUUACAUUCAAAGAACAUUAAAGAAAGACUAGCUGCCGCUGCAGACAGAUUAUUACCAAGAGAUAUUGUUUUUGGUCAGAUUGAUUGUACUGAGAAUAAAGAAGUUUGCGAUAAAUACGAGAUCGAUGCUUAUCCGACUUUAAAAAUAUUCAAAGAUAGCAAUUUGACUCAUCCAAUUGCUUGGGAGGGUUCCACUAACGUGGAUGGGCUUGUUGCAUACGCUUUGAGAAAGGAUACCGUGCCAGUCACUGUUGUGGACAGUGAAUCUGUUUUGCAAGAUAUUCUGAGAAACAGUGGGAAGCCCGUUGUUGUUAAAAACGCAAACGGUAAAUUCGACGAGCAAUUCGAGAAUAUUGCCAAGCAACGUAUGGAUAGUAUCACUUUUGUCUCAUUCCCAAGAGAAAAAGAUGCUACGUUCAGUUUAUACAUCAAUAAGGGUAAGAAUGCCAACGGUUCUCCAGAUAUUAAAGAAAUUUCUAAUUUGGAAAAUUUGGAAUAUUUCAUUAACGAUGAACAAAACUUCGUCAAAUGGAUCACUCAAGAGACUUUACCAGCUUUCGGUAACUUGACUGCCAGUACGCACUCAGUUUACGCUAGCUUAAGUGUCCCAAUCGCUUACUAUAUGUACAACCGUGAUGAAGAUGCUACUGACGAUAUCAUUCCAUUUAUGAAGGAAUUAGGUGAAACUUACCGUGGUAAAGUCAAUAUUGUUGGUGUCGACGUUCGUCAAUACAGUAAACCAAUUGAAACUUUAGGUGUUUUACCACAAUACCCAUUAUUCGCUAUUCAUGAUGUUCGCAAAAAUAGAAGAUACGUUUUACCACAGUUGGCUGAAGAAGAAUUCAAGAACUUGGAAGAACCAGUUAAGCUAUCUCAAAUUCAUAUGAAACAAUUAUUAGAAAAUUUCACUAAGGGUGAAGCUAAACCAAUGGAGAGAUCAGAAGAGGUACCAGCUAAACAAGACUCUGAUGUUUAUCAUUUAGUUGGCUCAACUCAUGACAAAUUUGUUUUCGAUGAGAAGAGGGACAUUCUAGUUAGAUACUAUGCUCCAUGGUGUAAUAUCUCUGCCAAGAUCGAGCCAUUGUUCAACAGAGCUGCCCAAAUCUUCAACGAAGAUGCUUCUUUGAAAGACAAAUUAGCACUAGCUGACAUUAACGCAUUCGACAAUGAUGUUUUAAGCGUUGAUAUCGAACAGUUCCCGACUUUAGUGCUGUUCCCAGCUGGCAAUAACACAAAACCAGUCUUUUUUGAAGGUGGUAAGAGUAUCGAAUCCAUUAUGGCGUUUGUUGAAAACAGUUCUACACAUAAAAUUCCAGGUAAGCAAAUGUUUGCUGCAUACAGACAGCGUGUUUUGGAUGAACAAAAUAAGAAAGAAUCCGCAGAAAAGGCAAAGAAGGCUUCUGAAGAACAAGCUAAAAAGACUUCUGAAGAACAAGCUAAGAAGACCUCUGAAGAACAAGCUAAAAAGAACGACCAACAACAGCAACAACAACAAGCUGUUCAUGAUGAAUUAUAA